AUGGGUCAAACAGCAUCAGUUGACGCGCAUUCGAUUUCACCAUCCAAAGCCAGGAGCAGAGCCAGCACUCUGAAAAGCUCGAGACCAUCAUUCAAAGCGGAAAAAACACCAAGGAUGAGUCUUCCUGAGUAUAAGCAUCAACUAACACUGACACAGUAUGAUGUGAAGCAGUUGAUGAAAGCGUAUCAUGAAGCCCUGGAACGUGGUGAUACACAUACGACAAGCUCUUGUGAGAGUGAAGCUGAGGACGAGAUUAUCGAUCAGAUUCAUGAACAGUUCGGAACAGGCCCUGUGCCUAGAACAAUCCUGAAAUCGACGACUUCCAAUGUUUCAGAAGAUUCUGGCAUUGAUGAGACAACACAUUCACCCAGAUUAUCCGUUGAUGAUCUAAACUCCCUUCCUUCUUUUGAGAAGGAGCUGGGACAGAAUACACCGAAAGCACAAACACCAGGCACUCCACUAGUCAUACCAGAGCUUGUUUUU